AUGCCGCCCCGUCUGUACAUCUGCUGCCACUUUGAGAUAUCCAACGAACACAAUGGGCCGCCAUCUAGACCUCGAGCCGCCUCAAGAACAACGCAAGAUGUUCGACGUACCUCUCGACGACACAGUCCCAACCGAGAACGACCCAGAGAAAGAUCUCGAGCAGACAGACUAAGACACCACUCGCAUCACCGCUCCGAGUCAGCUUCAAGAACCAACAACGACCACCCACCCACAACCCCGCGCUCCACCACCCAAGCACCCCCAAACCACGCCCUCACAACCCAAAACCUCUACAAGUCCACCCACAAAUCAGAACAACACCGACAAGCAAAGUCAGCCCACCAAAAGCCCGUCACGUCACCAAGACAAGCAAAGCAAAACUACAUCGCCAAAUGGCUGCAGGGACUGAGAUCAAUGAGCGCCCUGUCAUCUUCUGCUACAAAGACAAAGAGUGGCAGUGAUGAAGAGAGUUCAAGUGUGGAGGUUGUGGCGGCUAGAGAUGCCAAGGGGAGGGGAAAGGGGAUUAGGGUUGUGAGCGAUGAGGUCGAGGAAGGUACUGGUGUUGGUGGAGAGGAGGGAGAAGUUUGA